CCACAACAUUGCUGCCGGCGUCGCUGUCGCCGGCUCUGCUGCCGUCGACGUUUGGCCAACGGAGCUGUUAACCAAACCCCAGAACCUCCGUUGGCUCAGAAGCGAUCGGACCUCCCAGCCAAACAGACGGUCCUGUCCGUCUAACGCACGAUCCCGAGAAUCGACUCCCGAGUUCCGACAUCCAGAGCAAGUCCAAGUCCAAGUCCGAGAACUUCGUCUUCGUCUUCGCGAUCGUAGUCGUGGUCAGGUGAAUGCCAUCGGGGCAACGUGCCUGGCAUUCGAAGAGAUAUACAUUGAGUCGCGAUUCGUGGUGGCGGUUCUUUAUACUGUUUAGCACAGCCAAUUUAUAUAUGGUCUGCCCCGUUCAAAACGAAAACAAAUUGGGAAGAUAUCACCGCAGCGAAGGCAACAAAUAUCAAAAUGUUUGCAUUUUUGCCAGUUUUAUUACUUUGUGUGCAUUUGUUGCAUUUUAAAAUAAUCUCGGGAGCAGAUAUCCCAUCCAUUUCGGGAGGGGCUGGAGCUCCAGUUCCUGUGUGGCAAAAUGGUGAAAUAAAUGCGGCACCCGAGGCAGGAUUUUUAAAAGCCAAUUCCACGGCUGAUGAAAACUUAAAUGUAGCUGUGGACGAUUCCUCUUCGCAAAAUCUGAGUCGCCAGCGACGUCAGUUCUUCUUCGAUCCGAGUAUUUUUCUGUGGCAAGGAGGACUUGGUGGCUCCGGUGUUCCAGGUGGCUGGGGUCCUGGCGAGGGAUCCAAGUGCCUCACAUCCCUUGGCCAACCGGGUGUGUGUGUCCGCAUCGAUGGAUGUCGGCAGUAUUACAGGGUGGCCCGGCAACUAUCCAUCUUCACCUUGCGCCAGUGGCCACAGACCAAUGGACUCGGCCUGAAUGGCAACAUGUGCAACUUCUUCGAUCUGCUGGGCAGAGUGAAUAAUGGAAUUUGCUGCACGGACAUCGAUGCCAAUACUUUUGGAGUCUUUCCACUGCCGGGCACAACCACGACCACGACUACGGAGAAGCCUUCAGUGGCAGCAGAUGAGGAGGAUAGGGUGGAUGUGAAUCCUGAAGUGGAGGGGGAUGCUGAACAGCCCGUGGAUAAUCCUCGACCGGAGGACCCAAUCGACAAUGUGAAUAGUGUGGAGGACAUUCCAGACUUCCAGGACGUCAACACUAUCGAGGGUAAUGCUCCUCCAGAAGUGGAUGCCCAACCCGAAGCGGAACCCGUGGAGGAGCCGGUGGUGCAGCCUAUUCCCGCCCAGCCAGCCUCCACCAUUUACCCCUACCAGUGGCCAUUUGGAUCCUUUGCCGGCGGAGUGGCCCAGUGGCCACCGGCACUGCCCACGCAUCCACCCACAACGGGCGGCUGGCCACCACCGCUUCCCACCCAUCCACCGAACCACCAUUAUCCCACGCACCCCACCGCCGCCGGAGUUCCGAGUACGAAGCGGACCACUCCACGACCCACCAUCAUCGCCAGACCCACCACCACCAGGCGUCCCACUUAUCCCAGUUAUCCCACGGUUGCCGCAACCACAACUACGACGAGGCGUCCUGCGAGCGGAAGUAGUCCGGAAGGACUCCCUCUGCAGUGCGGCAACAAGAAUCCUGUGACGCCCGAUCAGGAGCGGAUUGUGGGUGGCAUCAACGCCAGUCCGCACGAGUUCCCCUGGAUAGCGGUGCUCUUCAAGUCGGGAAAGCAGUUCUGCGGCGGCAGUCUCAUCACCAACAGUCACAUCCUCACCGCAGCUCAUUGUGUGGCACGCAUGACUUCGUGGGAUGUGGCGGCCUUGACUGCCCAUCUGGGUGACUACAAUAUAGGCACUGAUUUUGAGGUGCAACAUGUGUCGCGCAGGAUUAAGCGGCUGGUGCGUCACAAAGGAUUCGAAUUUAGCACCCUGCACAACGACGUUGCCAUACUCACACUGAGUGAACCGGUGCCCUUCACCCGUGAGAUCCAACCCAUUUGCCUGCCCACCUCGCCCUCGCAGCAAUCCCGCUCCUACAGUGGACAGGUGGCCACAGUGGCCGGAUGGGGCAGUCUGCGGGAGAACGGACCUCAACCCUCCAUUCUGCAGAAGGUGGACAUUCCCAUCUGGGCGAAUGCCGAGUGUGCUAGGAAAUACGGACGAGCAGCGCCGGGCGGUAUCAUUGAGUCCAUGAUAUGCGCUGGUCAGGCGGCCAAGGAUUCCUGCAGUGGUGAUUCUGGCGGCCCUAUGAUUAUCAACGAUGGCGGACGAUACACUCAGGUGGGAAUCGUAUCCUGGGGCAUUGGCUGCGGCAAGGGUCAAUAUCCUGGUGUGUAUACUCGUGUCACUUCGCUGCUGCCUUGGAUCUACAAGAAUAUCAAGUAAACAUAGGAUUCCGAUUAGUCUAAGACGUGAUAAAGCAAUAUAAGAGCGAACGA